AUGGCUCAGCCAUCUGCCUCCAAUAUGGCAGCCCAAAGCGCCGAAGCGGCCGCCCUCACCGCCAGCAACUACACCGUCGACAAGUCCCAGAUACCUCGACCCUACAAGUGCCCGCUCUGUUCGCGUGCUUUCUACCGCCUCGAGCACCAGACUCGUCACAUUCGCACCCACACUGGCGAGAAGCCCCACGUAUGCACGCAUCCCGGAUGCGAGAAGCGCUUCAGCAGAAGUGACGAACUCACCCGUCAUGUUCGCAUCCAUGCAAACCCCAAGAAGGGCGGUGCUGCCGCUCAUGCAGAUGACAAGAAGGCUUCCGCGCGCAAGUCGGCCGGCAACUCUUCCACCCACGCUUCUCCCACAUCCGUCAUCGCCUCUGCCUCGUCCAAGGCUGGUCAUGUGAACAGCAGGCAGCUCCGAUGGCAGGUGGGCGACGAGGAGGGCGACGACAGCGACUCCGAUCGCGAACUCAGGCAUUCUGGUCGUGCCAGCCGCAACGGAGAGAUGUCGACGCUUGCUAUGCUCGCCAGCGACGAGCUGCAUGAGCUCCAGCGCGCGGAACGAGAAGGCCGUCGAUCCGGUCCGGCGUACGGCUACCACUCGCACCACUCCGCUCCCGAUCCCUACGGAGAGCGAUACCACCACACGCACGGAUCUAGCAGCUACCCUUACCCACCAGCGCCUGCUUCUGCCGGCGAGACCACGCCUCCAGGCUGCUCGCACGAGGACUGCCACCGCAAGUACAACGACCGCAUCGCUUCGGCCAUUCUGGCGCGACCCUCGUCUAAUCGCGCCGAGUGCGGUUACGCUCGGCCCUCGCACGGCGCCUACAAUGGCAGUCAUCCGCCUCCCAGCCUGUACCGCUACUACCAGCACGGCUCGCACCACGGCGCAGGCGGUUGGGCCUCCACAUCUUCGAGCGUGCCAAGCAGCGUCGAGCACUCGCCUCGCUUCUCGCCCGACGACCACCUCCACGGCGACGACUAUGCUUCCGAGUCCGAACACGCCGCCUCGCUUCAUGACGAUUCCAAGUCUCGUCUUGGUAUGGCUCCUGCUGGCGCCGCUGCUCACCCUUCGCACAGCCACUCGCAUUGGACUCCAAGCAGCAGCCCCGUUCUCGGCCCGCUGCGUAACAUGAGCCUUCUCGGCGGUAACACGGUGCCCAACAGCCCGUACACGUCUCGUCCGGGCUCUCCGGUUCACCACUCGCGACACGCCCACGGACACUCGCCUCCACACCACGCUCUGCACGCCGCCCACCACCAUCACUCCCACGAGGGUCCUGCCCACCAGUCCGGACACGGUCACCACGGUUCGCAUCGACACCGAUCGCACCCAUACAUGGAGUCGUCGGCCCGAUCGCGCUCUCAUCACCACCUCUCUUCGCUCGGAAUGGCCCCCGUGCAACCCACCAUCCCUUCCAGCACCUCGGGCGAGCGCAGCACCGCCGCCGAGCUCGACUCGCACGCCAGCGGCUCGGCUUCCACUUCUGCAUCCACCUCUCCGGCGCAAACUUCGCACAUGCCGCCCAAGCUCUCGAGGAGCCACAGCUUUGGCUCGCGCAGCAAGGGCGUCUCCUCAUUCAACUCGAGUGCCAGCCUGUCGGCAUACCACCUGACGCCGGCGGCUGCUACCUCGGCCGUCGACGCAGAGCGUGGUGCGCGCCGCAGCAAGAUCGAGGAUAUUCUGGAUGGCGGCGCCGGCAGCCUCAAGCCUCACUCGUCGCGCUCGUCGUACACGCACUUGGUGGCCGACCCGUCGUCGAGGACCUUGCCACCUCCCUUCCCCGCGAACCCCACCUCGCAUCGUGACGGAAGCCAUCAUCCUCUGCCCGGUCAUCACUACACGCAUGCGUACAACUACCAUCCCUACGGCGACCACAAGAAGAAUGCACGCAGUAGCUCGCGUUCUGCGCCUGCCAGUCGAUCCGGUUCGCCGCACGGCUCGCCUACGAUGUUGCAUGCCUUGCCCGCCGCCAUUUCUUCGCGCUCUCACAGCCGCCAGAGCUCGAUCGGCAACAGCUUUGCUGCCAGCAACGGCCUUGCCAGCAGCGAAUCGAGCCCUACUAGCGUCUACUCGCAGAUCCCGCACAGUGCCACCAACUCGCCUGCCGCAGGUAUUGGUCCCUAUGCAGCAGCGUCGUCGUCCGGCGGCAGCAGGGGCAAGAAGGUGGGCUUCGGAAUGACGCCCAUCCACUCUGCUCACCGCGACCAUCAUGGCCCUACUUUGCCUCCUCUUGGACAGGCACUCUCGAGGGAGACGUCGCCCAUCAGCAUGCAUCUGCCACCACCCAUGAGGAGGAUCCACUCGCAAUCGGACGAGGUUGCGGCGCCUGAAGUGGACAUGUCGUCUGCCUGA